AUGAGCUACGACCGCUACGUGUCCAUCUGCAAACCCCUGCACUACGGGACCCUCCUGGGCAGCAGAGCUUGUGCCCACAUGGCAGCAGCUGCCUGGGCCAGUGCCUUUCUCUAUGCUCUGAUGCACACAGCCAAUACAUUUUCCCUGCCUCUGUGCCAUGGCAAUGCCCUGGGCCAGUUCUUCUGUGAAAUCCCCCAGAUCCUCAAGCUCUCCUGCUCCAAAUCCUACCUCAGGGAACUUGGGCUUCUUGCUGUAAGUGUCUCUGUAGCCUCAAGCUGCUUUGUGUUCAUUGUUUUCUCUUAUGUGCAGAUCUUCAGGGCUGUGCUGAGGAUCCCCUCUGAGCAGGGACGACACAAAGCCUUUUCCACCUGCCUCCCUCACCUGGCCGUGGUCUCCCUGUUUCUCAGCACUGCCAUUUUUACCUACCUGAAGCCCCCCUCCAUCUCUUCCGCAUCCCUGGAUCUGGCCCUGUCAGUUCUGUACUCGUUGGUGCCUCCAGCCCUGAACCCCCUCAUUUAC